ACGUAUAAAUCAACAAAAACGUCAAAUUAAAAUUAUUUUUAUUAAGUUAAUUUAUUAUUUUUUAAAUGGGUGAACCUUCAAUUCGCCCAUCUUUUUCAAAUAUGCAACCUGGGCAAAGAAAAAUUCCCCAAAAAAUUUUUUGGGUAACCCCAGCGAUUGCGGAAUUAUUCGAUCGCGAAUAUUAUCUCCUUGUUUUAAGUCGAGAAUUUAUUUUUUAUUUGAUUUUCUUUUUUUGUGUCUCUUUCGCUGCUUUCGCAAAACUCGAUUUUAUGUCGUAUUAUUUAACGCACGCUGUAAGAUCGCAAUUAAUUCAGGAAGAUUUCAAAACGGAUUCAAAUAAAUUCAUUCGUUUUAACGAUAUCACCACAAUUAAUCAUUUCUAUGAUUAUCUCGAUGAAUUGGUUGUGAAAAAAAUCUUUAUCGGUUCAUUUUCUUCGUUAGAAUUUCCCUCGGCAAAUAAUCAAACGGACAGAGGUCUUUUGUAUUAUAAUAAAAUUUUGGGGCAACCAACAUUGCGUCAAGUAACUGCUAAAAAUAGUUCUUGCCAUCAAAUUUUUUCUGAAUAUUUUAAACUUUGUUAUCUUGAUUAUUCUGAUUGGACCAAAAGCAAGGAAAAUUUAAACUCUAAAGAGUUUGCAUAUAAAUAUCGACCACAAUAUAAAAUUAAAAACGAAACGAAAAUGGUGGGAACGCAAGCGAUUUCUUAUUGGGGAAAACUCGCUUUUUACGAAGCUGGAGGUUAUCAAAAACGGAUGGGGAUUUCUCGGGAACAAUUCAAAGAAAAUAUUGAACUUUUAAGAGCUUCCUCUUGGUAUAGACCAGAAACGAGGGCGAUUUUUUUUGAUGUCCAAUUUUAUAAUCAACACGUUGAUCUAUUUACAGUUGUUAAGUUAAUUUUUGAAACUCCACCAACGGGUCAAUUAAUACCAACAGCGAGUAUAACUACAUUUCAAUGUGAAAAAGAAUACACCAACAAACUACAAAGAUUAGCCGAUGGUUGCAUGAUUGUGUACAGUUUAUUUAUUUUGUAUUUUCUUUGCGAAGAAUUUCGACAAAUUUGUUUUUUUAAAUGGGCUUAUUUAGGAAUGUUUUGGAUUUAUGUUAAUUGGAUUAUUUUGAUAACAUCAAUGGUUCAUCUAAUAUCCUAUUUGACUGAAAAAAUCCAUUGCUGGUACUACUACAGUGAAUACAUUUCAAGCAUAAACGUAUUUUACCCCCUUCAAGAAUUAGCUCGUUUGGAAACGACGAGUACAAACGCACAAGCUGUAGCAGUUCUCUUCGUUUAUUUAAAAUUGUUAAGAUAUUGUUGUUUAAACACACACCUAGGACAUUUAUAUCAUACUUUAUCAACAAGCGGAAGAGCAUUGCGAGAUUUAUUUUUCCUCAUUAUCAUCGUAUUAUUCGCAUUUGCUUCUUGCGGUCACAUUUUCUUCGGUUCUCAAGUCGAAGAGUUUUCAACUUUAUCUUUAACAAUGACAACUUUGUUACGAACAUUCGUUGGGGACUUUAAUUAUUCGAGUUUAGAAAAGUAUUAUUGGAGAUUAGCGCCGGUUUAUUUCACGAUUUUUAUUGUUGUUUUAAUUUUUAUUGUUGCGAAUUUAUUUUUGGCUAUUUUAUGCGCUUAUUUCAUGGAAGUCAAAACUGAUAUGGGAAUAGCUCCGUUCCGGAUACAAAUGUGUGGGUUUUGGGGACGCGGAUGUACUAAUUCGUUAAAAGAUUGCGGGUGUAAAAGUUGUUUACCAAAAAAAUUGUCGAAAAAACGUUAUAGCGCUUCAGCUGAAGAAAUAAGAACGAUUCUUAAAAGAUGUGGUUUUUCUGAUUUGGACAUAGAUAUGUUUAUGGCACGUUACAACAUAGAUCCACACCAAGAUAUUCGUAGACAGGAUGUUUCUCGAUUAAUCGAAUCGAUGAGAACACCAACUGUAGAAAUAAAUCCCGCAAAAGACUCACAUAAACCCUAUAUAUAUUUUCCAAUUUCUGAGAAAUCUACUGAUUGGAGAGGGGUCAAACCAGAACGUGUCAUUGGUUUGGAUGAUUAUAGAACUCAACAAAAUAGAAUUGAUCGGGUUGAAAAUAUAAUGGGGGUAAUUUCUGAAAAAUUAGAAAAAAUAUUGAAGAUUAUGAAUACGUUGGAUGAAAGAAGUCGAGGUAGAGCAAAAAAAUAGAUUUGUUAAAUUAAUUUUGUUAUGAAAUAAUUAAAAUAAAUUAAUAA